AUGUCUCUAGAUUACGUUAAAGUGCUUGCUCAGAUGGAAGCAAACAACAAUGAUUUAUAUGGGUAUGUGCCCACCAAGGGCGUCACACUCAUGUUUAUCAUCCUAUUCGGUAUUUCUACCUUGACGCAUACCUUCCAAGGCAUGUACUUCCACAUGUGGUGGACCAUUCCAACUAUCCUUCUCGGUGGGAGCUUGGAGAUACUGGGAUGGAGUGCACGCUUUUGGUCGAGCAUCUCUCCGCGUCUCGAUACGCCGUUUACUAUUCAAAUAACGUCCACUAUCAUCGGACCAACGCCUCUCGUCGCUGCAAAUUUCAUCAUCACGGGUGCGAUUAUUCGUAUUCUGGGGCCUUCCUACAGUAGACUGAGUCCGAGAGCAUAUUCCAGGAUAUUCGUCAGCUGCGAUAUCCUUUCCCUCUUUACGCAAGCUACAGGAGGAAGUAUGGCGUCGUCAAAUGACGAUCUUAAUAUGGUCAAAAUUAUCGUGUUAGGGUCGCUACUCGCACUUCGGUAG